UCACACUAAUUAUCUGUAUGCACGAUUCACAUGCUAGAUUUCACUCUCCUUUUUCCUUUCGAAAUUUCAAUUUAACCUCUCUGCUUGGACGAAGAAAUAGAGAGAAAAGAAAAAAAGUGCAGUGCCCUAGAUUUACGGAAUCUGCACGUAAUUCUCAAUUUUUGUUCUAUUAUCGUUCAUUUGAUCUUUCUAUAAGAAUGAUCCGAUUCAUACUUCUGCAGAACAGGCAAGGCAAGACUCGUCUUGCCAAAUACUAUGUUCCUCUCGAGGAUUCCGAGAAACACAAAGUCGAAUACGAGGUUCAUCGGUUGGUGGUUAACAGAGAUCCCAAGUUCACGAAUUUUGUUGAGUUCCGAACACACAAGGUCAUCUACAGGCGGUAUGCUGGAUUAUUUUUCUCACUGUGUGUUGAUAUAACAGAUAAUGAAUUGGCAUAUUUAGAGUGCAUCCAUUUAUUUGUGGAGAUAUUGGAUCAUUUCUUCAGCAAUGUUUGUGAGCUAGAUUUGGUAUUCAACUUUCACAAGGUUUAUUUGAUACUUGAUGAAUUCAUUCUUGCUGGGGAACUCCAAGAAACAAGCAAGAAGGCAAUCAUAGAGAGAAUGGGGGAAUUGGAGAAGCUCGAGUAAACACGUUCUGUAGUUAGAGCAUUUAGAGAUUUCAUUUUUCCUUGUUCUUCCGCCCAGCUUUGUUUUGUUCUGGUUCUGCAUUUAUUCGUUUGUUCAUUUGGUAAAACCAUUACUUCGCUUGUAAUAUUUGAAAAUCAAGGCGGAAAUUUCCACA